CCCGGGAGGGUUUAUUGCCGCGGAGCCUCGAGAGCCCUUCACAACACGGUGCGCGCGGUGGCCGUUUGAAUCUCGGAGCGCAACCGACAUAAAUCGUCGUGCUGCUCGCCCAGGUGGAUUAUCUCCCGCUCACGAGUCUCGGAAGGGAAGCAACACCGUUCUCACGUCGGAUUUACGGACUGCUAACCGACUGCAUAUGGACGGUGAACACUACAGCAUUCUAUGCAUUUAUUCCGUUUUAUUUGCUUAGUGAGUAGUUAGCUAUAUUUGUAACCGACAACCGUGAGAAAUGGCCACCGACGAGCUGUCAUCGAAGCUGAGCCGUCGUCUGAAAAUCGAGGAGGGCGCCCAGGACGCCGUGGCGGUGGACGAAGACCAUCCGAACGGAUCCGAUGAGCAGGAGAAGCCGGCCACGGCCAACGCCGACUCGGAGCUGGGCGCUAAGCUGCAGCGACGGGGCGAGAUGAACGAUGGCGUCGGGGAGCACCAGCAACGCAGCAUGAAGGUGUUCAACCCGUACACAGAGUUCAAGGAGUUCUCCAGGAAGCAGAUCAAAGACAUGGAGAAGAUGUUCAAACAGUAUGACGCGGAGAAGGAUAACUUUAUCGACCUGAUGGAGCUGAAACUGAUGAUGGAGAAGCUGGGGGCCCCUCAGACUCACCUCGGCCUCAAGAACAUGAUCAAGGAGGUGGACGAGGACCUGGACGGCAAGCUCAGCUUCAGAGAGUUCCUGCUGAUCUUCCGUAAGGCGGAGGCCGGUGAGCUGGCAGAGGACAGCGGUCUCCUCGUCCUCGCUCGCCUCUCCGAGAUCGACGUCUCCACCGAGGGGGUCAAGGGCGCCAAGACCUUCUUUGAGGCCAAAGUUCAGGCCAUCAAUGAGUCGAACCGCUUCGAGGCGGAGAUCCGGCAGGAGCAGGAGGAGAAGAAGAAGGAGGCGGAGGACCGUAAGCAGAGGCAGGCGGCCUUCAAGAACCUGCAGUCGGCCUUCAAGUGACCGCCGCGUCCAGCCGCGCUCCCGCCCUGCCCCGCCCGCACAACACACUGCUCACUCUCAUUCCUGCUCACACACACACACACACACACCCAUCCAUUCGUCUGGCUGUCUGCCUGACCGACCAACCGACUGACCAACUAUCCCUUCCAAUCCUUCCGUCUCUCUGCAGUCUUUUCCCAUUCCAUAUGCAGUCAUCAUUCAUUGAGAGAGUCUUAUGCAACGCUCACCUAGAGCUUAGCGUGUGUGUGUGUGCACCUGUGUGUGUGUGUGUGUGUGUGUGUGUGUGGAUUGGACUGGACUGGCCUGGAUUGAGUUAGGCUUUCUCACUCAUUGUGCUUUAGUGUGUUUGGUCUCUAAAUUCCCCUAUUUAGUGUUGGCUUUUAAAUGUUUGUCCCAGUUCACCUUUCUGAUUGGCCACUUCGGGCCACUCUGCUUUUGUGAAUGACCUUUGCACUCUGUCCGUGAUGUCAUUUCCUGGAAGCACUCUGAGAGUGUUAUUUCCGACAAGGCUUUAGCAGCUACUCUGCGCUUCCCUUUACAGAGGCCUGAUCACACACACACACACACACACACACACUUGAUGUAGAUAUUCUAAAGACCAGGAGUAUAGUUGAUCUCUCUCCUAUAAAGUAUAUGUGUGUAUGCAAAUGCAACGACACACACACACACACACACACACACAUUCAGGCAGCGAGGAGCAGAUGUGUUCUACUGAAUCUAUCUAAAUGUCUCUAGAUUUGUACUCGUUGUGUGUGAGUGAGGCGUACGCAUGCGUGAUGGUCGUUGAUUGGUCGUUUUGAGCUGUCCGUUAUAUGCAUGGUCACUGUGAAGUUCUGACAAUCUUUAACCCGAUUGGUCCCCUGAUCAGAGGUCCUCCCCAGCCUCACACUCUGAUUGGCUAAGCUGCUGAAAGUCAAGGCCCACCCACCCGCACAGUCUCAAAGUCUCACUGAAAAUCACGUUUCCCUUCAGAAGUGAUCACUGAAAACUACUGAAGGCAGCAACCGGCCCUGGCUUUCACAGAGAGGUGUGUGUGUUGUGUGUGUGUGUGUGUUGUGUGUGUGUGUUGUGUGUGUGUUGUGUGUGUGUGUGUGUGUUUGUUGUGUGUGUGUGUGUGUUGUGUGUGUGUGUGAUUGAGGAUGUGUGAGUGAACAUGAGAAUAGGGAAAACAAAAGAAACAGGAGAAGAUGGUGUUUAGUUUUGUGUGCAGAGUCGACAGGUGUGUGUGUGUGUGUGUGUGUGUGUGUGUGUUUGUGUGAGUGAGGGGUUCGUCCUUCGACCUUGUAAUUCUGCCGCUUGUGUCUGACCUGCUGUGUGUUGGGGUGCACAUGACUCCGUAUUGUCUCUGUGACGACCUGCAGCCAAUCAGAAGUGGUGGUCAUAGUCACCUGAUCUACAUCCCCCUUAAAGCUGAAGAAAACUAUUAGCAAGUCAUAGUGUACCAGAGCACAGGGCCUACUGCUCUCUGAGGCUUACACACACACACACACACACACACACACACAU